AUGCAACUAGUCACUCCUUUAAUCGCGCUCGCAUGUGCGGGCGUUCUUGUAGAAGCGAGCGGUCACUCCAGUUUCGAGGUCGUCCGCAUGUCGAACAUGCACGGCGAUGGGCAACACGGGCGGCUGGCGCGUCGCGCCCCUCACCCAACGGACGGUGCGGUGCCCAAAACAAGCACAAGUGGGCUGCUGCUCAAGAACCAGACCGCCAGCGCCGAACCCAAAGCAGCUACUACGCAGACCAGUAUAGAUGCCAACUAUGGCGCGAUGUCGAUAUUGUCGCAAGGCUUGAUCAACGUGCUGUCCUCUUGCGGGCCUAUAGGUGCUACCUUGGACGUGACGUCUGUCAGUGGACCUAACGGCGGCAUCGACUGGCUUAAUUGCGGUGUCAAUGCAGGCGGCUGGCAGCCUCCCUACGUUACGGUCAACGACCUCGUCACGAAGGACUUAGGCACGGCCAUCCAGGAACUUGACAGCCCGUUCAGAGCGUGUUCAUCCUUCGUGGAUCUGUUUGAGCAGUACGCGAAGGAGUUCGGAGUGCCGUCCAUCCUGAUCGCAUCUAUUGCUAUGCAAGAGAGCACGUGUAACCCGGAGACUCAAGGCGGUGGCGGCGAGCAAGGGCUCAUGCAGCUUACGCAGGACAAGUGCGGUGCUGCACCGAAUGGUAAUUGCAAGGAUCCUGCGUACAACAUCCGGACGGGCGCCCACUACUUUGCGAACACCCUCAAGAACAACAACGGCAAUGUCCUCCUCACCCUGGGCAACUAUAACGGAUGGCCUGAGGGUAUGACAUACGGCCAGGCUGUCGCGGCCGCCGAUGGACCUUGCUGUCGCUGCCAGAACAAUCUUGACUACAUACAUCAGAAUGUCAACGGGUGGAUGCAGAACGUCAACCCAUACGACAGCAACCCGCGCAUGGGCAAGUACUUCAACCUGGACAAGUGCUUCGCCUGAAGACUCAGGACGAUCCAUAUCUUCCUUUCCUUCUCCGCAUGUAUCAUCCUCUCCAUGUCAGAUUUCCAUGUAUCCAUCGCGGACACGCCUGUAUUGUUCACCGUCCGCUACAUCAUGUAUUUUCGCGAUGGUUUAUAUCGUUGUGCAAGUUGUUCCUUGUAUCGGACGGAAAUUGUAGGUUCACUCUGAGGCAACUGCAGUCCCACUGGCAGGGCCGCGGCCAGCCGUUGCAGUACCGGGCGCCUCUUCUGCCAGUAGACCGUACGC